GCGCGCGACUCAUUUGUGUCUCCAUUUCAGCGACAAAAAUGCGUAGAGGUCCUUCCUUUUCACUCCUCUCUAUUCUAUUCAGGAAGGAGAAUGCGAUGGACACUGGAAAAGAAAGUCUGGCCGAAAUGUCAAUUGACGCAGUAGACAAACUUGUCAGACGUGUCAAUGGGCGUAGGUCAUCAGGGGCAGGAGGAAAUGGCAAACAGCGAGUUGAUGAUACAAGAGUUACAUGGAAUGAUUUGGAUAAUUCCAUUGAUGGAGGGAGUUUGAAGGAUUCUUUAAGAAAUAGUGAAGGAGAAGCUGAAACAGAUGAUAUUGAUUGGGAAGAUGGUUCUACUCCAAUUAAGGAUUCUUUGAAUAAUGAUAAUCAUGUUGGUGAUGAUGUAUCUAGGACGGUGACUAUUGAGUUUAGUGAGUCUCCUGAUUCUGCAAAACGGAAGCCUAUUCGUCGCGCCACUGCUGAAGAAAAGGAAUUGGCAGAGCUUGUGCAUAAGGUUCACUUACUUUGUUUACUUGCUAGGGGCAGAAUAGUUGAUAGUGCUUGUGAUGAUCCUCUUAUCCAGGCUUCUUUACUCUCUCUACUACCAGCACACUUGUUGAAGAUACCAGAGGUCUCAAAACUUAGCGCUAAUUCUUUAUCUCCUGUUGUCAGUUGGUUUCAUAAUAACUUUCGUAUUAGAAGCUCUACCAGUGAGAAGAGAUCAUUUCAGUCAGCUUUGGCCUUUGCACUUGAAACUCGUGAAGGAACUCCAGAAGAGAUUGCAGCAUUGUCUGUGGCACUAUUCAGAGCUUUGAAACUUACCACGCGGUUUGUGUCCAUUCUAGAUGUUGCCUCCAUAAAACCUGAAGCUGACAGAUGUGAAUCCUCAAGUCAAGAUACAAGCAGAGUGAAAAGAGGGAUAUUUAAUAGUUCGACAUUGAUGGUAGAUAGAUCAGAACAGGUCCUUGAGUCUCCUGUUAAAUCAUUCUCAUGCAAUGAGAAUAACACCAUCCAUGAAACUUCUCUAAAGGCUUCUUUCAAACGUAAAGAUAGUCAUCCAAGGAGCAAUAAGACUCAUUCUAAUGAUUGUCCUACUGCAGUCAGAUUGGAAAACCAAGUGACAGAUUCAUUUUCAUGUGAGGCGCAGGAUAAGAUCUCUGAAUCAUGCAUUAGCACAAAAUCUCAGGGUUCAAAGAGGAAAGGUGAUCUUGAGUUUGAGAUGCAGUUGCAAAUGGCUCUCUCCGCAACAGCAACUGCUAAUCCUCAAAUUAGCAUGACAUCAGAUGUGAGCAGCUUGAUUAGUGAUUCAUCGAAUAUCUCUUCUCCAGUUAAAAGAAUUAAAACAGUUGCAAGCGAACAAUCUUCUUCCCAUGGAAUCUCCACUGCAGUUGGAUCAAGGAAAGUGGGAUCUCCUCUGUAUUGGGCAGAAAUAUACUGCAGUAGAGAAAACUUAACAGGAAAAUGGGUGCAUGUGGAUGCUGUAAAUGCAAUUGUAGAUGGAGAACAGAAAGUUGAAGCUGCAGCAGCUGCAUGUAAAACAUCUUUGCGAUAUGUGGUUGCAUUUGCUGGCCAUGGUGCUAAAGAUGUGACACGCAGGUACUGUAUGAAGUGGUACAAGAUAGCACUACAGCGAAUUAACUCAGUUUGGUGGGAUUCAGUGUUAACCCCAUUGAGGGAUUUGGAGUCAGGAGCAACUGGAGGCUCCUUGGAAGUGUCUGAAGUACCUGAGAGGAAGAUUGAUGCACAACCUUCUGGAAGGAACUCCUUUGUUGCUAGUAGAAACUCUCUUGAGGAUGUGGAGUUGGAAACUAGGGCUCUAACUGAGCCUCUUCCCACUAAUCAGCAGGCCUAUAAAAAUCAUCAAUUAUAUGCUAUUGAAAGAUGGCUUACAAAGUCUCAGAUACUUCAUCCCAGGGGCCCUGUUUUGGGUUUUUGUUCUGGGCAUCCAGUUUACCCUCGUGCUUGUGUGCAAACACUCAAAACAAAAGAAAGAUGGUUGCGUGACGGGCUUCAGGUUAAAGCCCAAGAACUUCCAGCAAAGGUGUUGAAACAAUCUGGAAAGCUUAAGAAAGUAAAAUCUUCAGAAGAUGAUGAAUAUGGUGAAGCUGAUCCUAAAGGAACUACAGAGUUAUAUGGGAAGUGGCAACUAGAACCCUUACAGCUGCCCCGGGCUGUGAAUGGGAUCGUUCCAAAGAAUGAGCGUGGUCAAGUUGAUGUGUGGUCUGAGAAGUGCUUGCCACCAGGGACCGUUCACUUGAGACUGCCAAGGAUAUUUCAUGUUGCCAAGAGAUUAGAAAUUGACUAUGCACCAGCCAUGGUUGGUUUUGAAUUCAAAAAUGGUCGAUCUAUUCCUGUCUUUGAAGGUAUUGUGGUGUGCACUGAGUUCAAGGAUGCAAUUUUACAGGCAUAUGCUGAAGAAGAAGAGAGAAGAGAAGCUGCAGAGAAGAAAAGAAUCGAGGCGGAAGCUCUUACUCGGUGGUAUCAACUCCUUUCAUCGAUCAUAACUCGACAAAGGUUAAACAACUGUUACAUGAAUAAUUCAUCAUCACAAAUGCCAAGCAACAUCCAAGAUACAAACAACGCAUAUGUUAAUAGUAAAACCGACAAGCAAUCGCAGGAACUUCGGGGAGAAGACAUGAGAAAGCCUAUAUCACUUGCUUCACAACUGGUUCUAACAAAAGAUCAUGAACAUGUAUUUUUGGCAGUAGACCAGAGCUUUGAUGAGGAGACUUCAGUGAGGACAAAACGGUGUUCUUGUGGAUUUUCAGUCCAAGUGGAGGAAUUAUAGAACCAUCAUUUUGAAUCCAUCUAAGUACAAGUCUGAGCUUGUAAUUUUGCCAGGGUGGAGCCCUAAUAUUUUUGUUGUAAAGGCUCCAAUCUUGUCAUGUAACAUUGUGCACCCAAUUUUAUUUUAUUUUCUUAUAUAUAAAAAUAUCUUAUUAUUUGGAGUAA